AUGUGGUUUCCAUGGGACUAUCGGCCACGAAGCCUCCUCCGUUCUCUGGCGCUGUGUGUACUGGCAUACAGCACUCCAUCGGCCGACCUUCAUGUUUGGCAUCGUAUCGCCUUCAGCCCAAGCAAACUGCUGCUGACCUUCUCCGCGGAAGUGGAAGCAGGGUCAACUUCACAUCGGCUAGAGCUGCAGCUGCAUGCGCUGCAGCUGCGCCUCCUCUCUCCGCCACUCUGCUCGCUGGUGUCGGCCUCAACCUCCUUCACUAGCUGUUCGCUGACGGACGCGCGAUUGCUCGUUCUAGAUCUUGCAGAAGCGCCGUCAAAUGCCACAAACUGGAUCGAGCUUGAAGCGGAGAAUUUGGCUCCAGCAGCCAUUCGCAGCUGCGAAGGCCGUGCUGCUCUAGGUGGCAGAUUUUUCGUCAAGGUCGGCGGAAGCCUGAAUGAAUCUACUUCUAGUGCAGACAGCCUGGAUACGGAUGUUGACAAAUGUUGCCGCCAGGACGUCGGCACUUGCCAUACCUUCGCAACGUUGGAAGAAUGCGAGCUGGAGAAGUGGGCGGUUGAGUGUUACAGCUGCGAGGUAAACGGUGAUCCCUUGGGGUGUCCAGCGUUUUCAUCCGAAGUGGACGGCUAUUUCAUCCACUCGGAUGAGACGGCUUGCGCAGGCACACCGAUCUCCAGCUCAACUGCAUCAUCUGUAUCCGACUGUGCAGCGCGCUGCAGGGCGACCACUGGGUGCAAGGGCUUCAGCCUCUCUGCCGGGACGUGCUCGCUGGUUUCGACAUGCUGUCCAGGUGAUGCAGUGCCACAGAGCGACAGCUUCAGCUUUGCUGCUGCGGAUUGUGGACAGAAUGUCUGGCAGUUCUCCUUGAUGCUUCGCUGGCAGACGCCAGCAGGCACGGCUGCCGUUUACGACUAUGGCACCAAGGAUUCCUCCGGACCAGGACGGCUUCCUCUGCUACCACGAAGUUUUGCAGGGCUGCGGGGAUUCGUCAGUACCUUCACCGCCGCAAUCACUCCGGACGUGGGUCUGACACCGACAGGCUCCUCUGUUACGCUCGAGCUCAACUUUCAGUCGCCGGCCGGAUUUGGACUUGGAGAUGUCCUGACUUUCGCUCCGCUCCCCUUGUCACCUUUCGAUCUGGACGUGCUUGCAGACACCUCGAUAGUAGAAGUCGGCGGUGCAUCUGCACGCCUGAUCUACACGGACCUUCCCGGCAGCAUGGACUGUGUCUGGUUCCGCGUGGGAGGCUUCCGAGUGAACGGUGUGAAAUGCACUGCCGGAGCAGACUUUUCGAUUUCACCCGGGCAACCGCCCUUCAGUCUCCGCCUGGACCUCCCGAUGCCCAUCUUUGGACUCUCGGCCGACUGGGCACUGGCACUGGAAGCCGCCACAGGCCGAGGCAGCGUGGCUUUCGCCCCGGACGUGCUGGCUCUGACUCCUCCGGCCAGACUGCAACAGCUACGCUCCGCGGUGCAGGCAGCUGGGACACGGACGACUGUGGAGCUGGCCGUUCAGCUCGGUCUUUGGGCUGGGCAGGUGGAUGUAUUCAUCACAGCUCCAUCUCUGGCGCUUCGCGACGUGACGAGCUGCACGGCAGCCCCUGGCAGUGCCCUGCUGGCUGUGGAGGUGGCUGUGUGGGAUGGGAUCGGAUGCCGACUCAGCCAGGUAAGCAAUCCACAUCCCCUGGCAGAGAUACGUCUCAGACUGGAUGCCGAGAAUCGUGGAACGGUAGCAGGAACACGGGAUGUGCUGACCAUGAUGAUCAACUGGGCUUCGCGGACACACUUCGCUGCCGCCAGAGAAGCGUAUUCCAUAGUUCCGGAGUUUGGCGGCGAGCUCCCCAACCCAGCUGCCGGCGCUGUGCUGGCUUUCUCCGUCCGUGGUACUGUCAGCCCUUUGACUGUGCAUUUCCCAACCGCCGUGGAGACUGCGUACUAUGCUACAUGUGGCGCAGACAUGCAUCUGCAGCUCUCCCUCAUGAGGGACCAACUUCUCGUGUUGCGGUCGGCCUCCGGCAGUCCGCUCACGGCGAAGGAAGAUGCCGAGUGUGCAGAGGUGCUGCUGGAGGUCUACGGCAGCACAGAGUUCCCAGCUCCGAUCUCUUGCUCCUGGGAUUCGAUGACACAAAAAGGCGAUGCCAUCAACAUCGCUUUUGGGAACUCUGUGGGUUUGCCCACCCUUGAGACCGGACAGUGGUAUGCUUUCGUACUCCUCGCGGAAGUUCUGGGGGUUGAGGCCGACAGCAGUGCUGCACUGGGCUUGACUCUUCGCUGUGGCAACGAAGCCUUGGAGUCAUCUCCGCUGGAUCUCCGCGAGCCGGCCGGGGCAUUGCAGUUGCGGGCUCUCGGCAGCGCAGCCGUCCUGGAGGUGACCUCUGGCAGCACAACGCAGAUGACCCUGAAAGGACUUGCAUCUGGUGCUGCCCAGAAGCUACGCUUCGUGUUCCUUCCAAGCUUCGGCUCGCGAGCUUGGAGCGCGGAAGGGUCCCCGGCAGAAGCAUCUAUACAAUAUUGGUCCAAUGUGGAUGCAACGGGGCAACCAGCAGGCAGCCAAAGCAUUUCAGGCGUUGGCCUCACUUUCAUUGCGACUUCUGGCUUGCCUGCAACAAUCUUGGAUCUCCAGAUACCAGGCAGCUGGACUUCGAUGCGCAGUGUGCGGGUUAGCCUGACGCUGGCGGAUGCACCACUCUCCCAAAGCCUUGCAACAGGUUUUGCCGCACAUUCGUACGUUUGGGCAGAGCUGCGCCGGUCAGCGAAUUCGGAUGUCGGCAAAUUGCAGUCCGCCUCUUUCGGCUCGCCGCCCAGCGAGCUUCGAGGCUUUCAGAUCGUGCCUUCCUCGCUAAUGGGGGGCGCCAGUCAAGAACUCGAGCUGCUUCUCCGCUUGGGCUUCGUGGCUCGCGGGAUCUCCUUACAGGUCACGCCACCAGCUGGAUUUCUCAUCACAGGCCAUGGACCUACACCCUCAGGCAUGUCCCUGCAAGGGGUCAGGAGAGACACGCCCUUACCUGUACUUGCUUCAGGAACUCCUUCCAGUGGUGCGGUGACAUUGACAGUGCCGGGCACUACGGUUCUUUGGCAGGCUUCCACCUACACAUAUUCCAUAAAUGUGCAGAAUCCUGCAUCGAUGACAUCACAGAAUGUAUGGAAUGUGCAGCUGCAAUUGAGCGCGAGCUUCCCGGAUGCAUCAAUGCCGGUCACUGUCCAGAAGGAGAUUUCCAGUGACGACGGAGCCUUCCCGGUUGUGAUGGCCCUUCAGCACUGCUCGUUGGCACCUUCGUCGAUGUUGCUGGGUGCGAGGCAGCAGAUCCAAGUGUUUUUCACGGUGCCUGCAGGUCUUGAUGUAUCAAGUCCCAGUCAGCCCUUGGCACUUCGACUUCUCGCGCCAGCGGCUUUCCGCUUCUCGGACGUGCAGUUUCAGCCUCUGCAAGGCCUACCACCAGCCAUGGAUGGAGGAACCGCCUGCUCAGUACUGCUCCCGACAGAAGUGCGCUGCAUGCUGCCAUUGGGCUUCGGCUUCAAUUCUGGUGCCUAUGGCUUCCAGGUAACGGUGUCGAAUCCUUCUGAGACCGAGUCGCUUCAGGCCUCUGCUUACCAGCCAGGUUGGGCACUUCGCAUGGAAAGCAGCGAUGCAGAGCCGUUGCUUUCCAUCUGCGAGGAUAUUCCGCGAAGCCCAUCCGACAUCAUGCCCUUUCCUCUGUACCUCCUGGAGAUGGAGCAACGAAUAUUUUCGGUCGUUUUUGCAGGUGCUGCCGGCGCUGGCCAGUCAGUGGCCGUGGUUGCAGUCUUCCAGGUGUCCGCAGUGCCAGCAGGAUCCUGGCUCACUCUUCGUUCCCCAGGUUGGUCCUGGCAGCCUGAGCUCGGAGUGGAAACGAGGUCAUCAUUCCUGCUGCGGGGCACAACGCACAACUUGCCCGCAGCAAACGCUGAUGAGGCUUCAGUGCUCGCUGGAAACCCGGCUGCCUUGUCCCUUCAACUUGCAGAUGCUCUGCAGGGUGGCCGUGUCUACGGCUUGCAGGCCUACAUUCUCACGCCUUCCGCAAGGCAGCUGUACGACCGAUGGUCUGCCGAGCUCAGCGGCACAGCCGAGGCUGAGUUGGUGUCGGCCACCAACUACGAGGCGGUAAUCGGCAGCUUCAGCAACAUGCGAGUCCCAGCAGUUUCUGACUGUGCUGUCUUGCCUUUCUCCCUGCAAGCUGGGCAAACAAUUAUGCUUGUGAGCUUCACGCGUGCUUCGCGUCUUAAUCCUGGAGACUAUCUACAAAUCAUCUUGCCGCCCAGCAUACAGGGCGAGGAGCCUUGUCGAAGCUUCUUGGAUGGUGCGGUGCCGUUCUAUCCAGAGCUGAGCUUGUUCGGGCAUGUUUACCCAGUGUUCGUGCCUUUGCCCGAGAACACAACCUGCGAGUGGACCACAUCAGGCGGGCGCCCGGCGCUUCGAUUGUACCACAGGGCCACAACUUCUGCUGAUGCAGCGUCCCAUCUUAUUUCACUCGCCGUCCGUAUUCAGUCCGGGCAGCAGGCACAAGCGCAGAACACCUGGGAAAUUGGCACUUUCACGAGUGGAGGUACGGUUUUGGACACCAGCUGUUCCUUGACUGCCCCGUUCGAGCUGAUCGAUGCGCAGGUGGAUAUGGUCGCAGCUUCAGCUUUGCAGGCGCAGUGGACAUCGGACACUUCCAAGUCCACCCUCUUUGUGGGCUUUGAGCUUUCAAGACAGGCUCCGGCAGCCGUGCUUCUUCGGGCGCCUUUCGGCCUGCGAACGGCAGGGGCCCGUUGCUCGUCAGGGCUGCGACUCCAGGCAGCUCCCGGUGGCUACUCGCCUUUUCCAGUGGGCAACCGUAUCGUAACCUGCCUGGCCGGCGGCGGAGACGGUUCUGCAUUUUCCAGCAGGGCAGCUCCUUUGCUGGAAGGCAUAGUGGAGGUGGAAGUGGUCGGUGCAACACUUCUCGCGGGCACGAGGUAUGCUUUCGGAAUUGAGCUUCACAUCCCCGCUGGCCUCCUUUAUCAGAACAGCUGGUUUCUUGCAGUUGGCAACCAGGUGGCAGCUUUCGAAGGAGCCGACCUCAUGCGCGUGGAAGCGGCUGAGGUGCAGGCAUCGUUUCCAGGCUUGGCAUUGCGAUCUUCCGGGCCAUUGCCCUACAACGAUGUGCAAGUGCGAUUAGCCUUCGGUGCCAAUGUGUCCGUCGAGUGCCCAGCGUUGCUGCACUGCUCAGAUGCCACGAUCGUUGCCUCGUGGUCAGCCAAGGCUGCAGCAUCCAUGCUGAUUGCGAUCCCUCCGGUCUUCGUCGUGGUGACACAGGCACCGCCGGAACCUGCUGGCGGUGACCCGAAGUCUCCUGGCACCUUGAUGUUGGCCAGUGAGCCGUCAGGAGUCUGCAGCUUACGCAUUGCAGCUGUGCCCUCCACUGAUUUGCACAAGACCAUCUACGAAAAUCCAGCAUUAAUAGACGGCAAAGAGCACGACGUUCACGACCCUGACCUUCCAAGGGCAUGGCGCAGAUGCCCGCCGAUGGUGAAGACCUUGCAGGCCCCAUGCGAGUUGCGUUCAGGCGCUUCGCGAGAAGCGGCUGCUGUAGAAGCAGCUGAGGAGGCGAAGGUCCCGUCGGGAAAUGCGGAGGUCCCGGCGCCGGCUGAUGACGUCGCAGGUACUUCGCGAGAAGCUGCUGAUGCAGGGCCAUCCGAGAAGGAGGAGAAGCUUCAGUCAAAGUCAGAAGACAAGCAACGGGAAAUAGCUCGCCCUGUCCAAAGCUUGGCAGGAGUUGAGGCUGUCAGCGACGAGAACGGUGCAGCUACAAGACUGCCACCGCAAGCAACAAACCCUGGUCCAAGCGUCGACAAGGUCGCAGUGUCAGCGCCCCAGGCAGAAGACCAUGGGCCCAGCCGGCCCAUGCUUUCGACAGGCACCAGCGAUUCGUCGCCCCAAGAGCCACUGCUGCAGGCACAAGCGCCACACUCUAGCUCAGCACCAGAAGAUGUACCGGUGGUGAUCACUCGAGAAGAGGUGGCAGAGGCCGUGGAGGACAUGCGCCGGUAUGGCGCGUCUCUCGUACGGCCGGUGGCUGAAGCCGUGGAGGCCACACGCGCUCACGGCGCUGUGGCUCUGGAGAGAGGCGCAGAAGCUGCAAGCGAGGCGCGCCGCCAAGGAAAUGCAGCUCUGCAAUCCAGCGUGGAGACAGCAGAGGCGCUUCGAAAAGCAGGUGUCCAAGCAGCGCAGACGAGCGCCGAGAUGAUCCAGCAGGGCACAGAGGUGGCACGUGCGAAUUGGCAACAUGGCGCGGAGGCGUGUCAACGUGGGCUGCACGAGGCUUCAGCGGCAUGGAGAAAGGCCGCGCCGUACGUUGACAAGGCCAUUUUGCUGGUCAACGUCGCUUGUGCGCUUACUAUCGCAGGCUUCCUGACGCUGGGAAUCAUGCUGGCCUGCAAGCCUUUGAAGCCCUCACGGAUGCACCAUGGAGCCUUCGACCGCAUGUUUUGGGUCACGCAGGGCCUGUACCUCGUGGCUUUCAGCAUUCCUGCCCUUGUGGCCACGGUGCAGUGCGGCAUCCUGCGAAAUGGAUUCGAAAGUUGGCCGACAUGGCUAAAUGUUGAGCUUUGGCUCGGCGUCUUGAAGUUCCAAGUGGGCAGAGCCGUGUUUUUCAUCGGUGCUGGCUUCUAUGUCUUUCCCUUGAUGGCAAACUUCGGACUGGCGGCCGAUGUGGAGCUCUGGACAGUCAUCUUGUCCUACUUCCUAGGCAUCCUUUCCUUGCUUUCAGGGAGCUUCUUGCUCAUCUUCGAAGGACUGCUGUCCGUGUACAUACGCCAGGCUCUGUACGACAGGGUACCGCAGGCAGCUCCAUGA